AUGUAUUUUAGCAAAAGCUCUAGUUCAAGUUCUUCUGAUGGAUAUGGUGACCAUUAUGAAGAAUUUGAUAAUAUAGUAGAUGAAUUUGCAAGAAAUUAUUUACCAGCUCAUUUGUUCCCACAACCUACUACACCACAACCCUUAAAUCGAAAUGUAAAUGAGGGUGUCGAGGAAGAAGUUAGGGGAGAUAGAAAGAGGGAGGAGGGCCAUAAUCAAUUGUACAACGAUUACUUUGCACUGAAUUGCGUUUACAGUGAUAAACAAUUUCGUCGAAGGUUUCGAAUGAAUAGAUCAUUGUUCAAUCGCAUUAUGAACACGGUGGUUGAAACCGACGAGUUUUUCAAGCAGCGAAGAGAUGCUACAGGAAGGCUUGGGUUAUCACCAUUACAGAAAUGUACAGCUGCAAUAAGAAUGUUGGCAUAUGGUUUGGCACCAGAUGCUGUCGAUGAAUAUGUACGCAUGGGUCAAACAACUGCACGACGAUCAUUGCACCAUUUUUGUGAAGGGGUAAUUAAGAAUUUUCAAGAUGAGUAUCUCAGAACUCCAACGGACGAUGACCUAAGGAGGAUCCUUUACCAAAAUGAAAGCAGGGGAUUUCCAAGAAUGAUUGGUAGCAUUGAUUGCAUGCACUGGGUGUGGAAGAACUGCCCUAUGGCAAGGAAAGCCCAGUAUUCUGGGCGAAAUAAGAACGCAACCCUAGUAUUGGAAGCCGUUGCAGAUCAAGACUUAUGGAUAUGGCAUGCUUUCUUUGGAAUUUCCGGGUCAUGUAAUGAUCUCAAUAUCCUGUAUAGAUCUCCUGUAUUUGAUGAUGUUUUGCAGGGUCGGGCACCGCCAAUAAAUUUUUCAGUGAAUGGUCACGAAUACAACUUAGGUUACUAUCUAACAAAUGGUAUCUACCCAGAUUGGGCAACAUUUAUCCAAGGAUUUAGCCACCCACAAAUUAAGAAACACAAGUUGUUUGCUGAUAAACAAGCAGCAGCUCGAAAGGAUGUUGAACGUGCAUUCGGAGUUUUGCAAGCAAGAUUUGAAAUACUACGACAACCAUCACUUGCUUACGAUGAAGAUAUUUUGUCUGACAUUAUGAAAGCUUGCAUCAUAAUGCACAACAUGAUAGUCGAGGAUGAACGACAUCACUACAUUCGUGCUGAUGUUUUGAGAAAAUUCUAUGAAGAAGAUCAACCACAACGUAGAAGCACUAGUGCCGGAACAAGCAGAAGUGCACCGGCGAACAACGAUGAGCCUUUUCAAUUUAAUACUGGACGACCAGAAAACAUUGAUAUUGACACUUAUUUGGGAAGAAGGAAUGCUUUACGUGAUAAGGGCACACAUGAAUCGCUUAAAUAUGACCUUAUUGAGCAUAUUUGGCAAAAAUUUGGUCCCGAGAAUCAAUAA